AUGAGUGUAGAACUAAUAGAUAAUCAUUCAAUCAUAAACUUUAUCGAAGAGAAGGAAGAAUUUGCUUCCGUGGUACGAUGUCGUUUUGCGGAACUGGACAUCGACCAAGAUGGCGUUCUUUGCUACAGCGAAAUGCUGAAAGAUUUCCAAUCUCUUAGAUUAGUAGAGACCGAUUUUGGUAAUGAUGUGAAGACAAAUCCAGAAGUGGUUGCUAAUAUUUAUAGUUCACUGUUCGCAAAGUUUGAUCACGAUUCCGAUGGAGUGAUAAGCUUGGAGGAGUAUAUGACAGAGACGAAGAAGAUGAUGAAGGACAUAGCCGAUGAUAUAGGAUUCAUGCCAAUACAAAUGGUGUUGGAGAAGGAUAGCCUUCUCAUACAGGCUGUCGAGUUACAUCACUCAGCCUCAGCAGCACAUACUAUUGAUUGUUAGGGCUACAUAUUUUUCUUUCUUUUUUCUUCUCCGAAUAUAUUAUUAGUCUGAAUAUUAGUGUUAUUGUUUUAUUUUUGACAUGAUAUGUUUAAUAAUUAGUGGUUCGUUUUUUGUUUAAGUAAAACUACUAGCUACUACGUACUCCAUUUAUUGUUUAUAGUUAAUUAGUGGAGACUGAUAAGAGUUCUAAAUAUAUCAAUA